AUGUCCGACCUCAUGUCCGGCCUCUUCCGUGUUCCAGAACCUAAAACCGUCCCGACGGGAAGUAUAGAUAUUACCUUUGCACACUCAAAACUCAUCAGCCUUGAUGCCGUCGUCCGCAAUCUUCGUCGAAAGAACAAAUCAGACCGCGCGAUUAAAAUAGGACAUUUAAAAGUUAGCAUUCCUGAAAUGAAAAACAGUAUCCGUUCUGCGAGAGCCGACAUCAAAGAAAAAGAACUAGCACAGGAGAGCGUGGUAUCUGGCAGGAUUAGUCACAUGAAUCAAAUGUAUCGGGACCACGGGCGAGAGAGUGAGCUGUAUAAAAUGGCUCGAAACUCGGUUUACGGUGCACAAAACGUACUAGAAUAUUACGUGAAAGACCUUCCAGAGAAGAUUCAAGAGUAUAAAGAUUUUGUGUCUUCUUGCGACAGAGUACUCGACAGUUGGAUUGAGUUCGACAGUCGGUCUCAGUAUCAUUAA